AUGCUCUUCAACACCGGCCUUGCCUCUACCAUCGCUCUUGCUAUAGGUAUUUUCGCGGAUCCCGCCCCUCAGGAUGACUCCCGUUACGUCCAGCUGCGUAUCUACAGCGAACCCGGCUACCUUUGGCACACUACUGUUAAUUCUGUGUGCUUUGAGCACAUGCUGUGUAAUGACUCUACUGUGGCCAUCUAUAAUGAUGUUACCUGCCACUGUAAUCGCCACAAUGUCGAGAUUAAUACUUGCCUAUCCAAUGACAAGGAGCAUAGCGACUACUUCGGUUAG